AUGAGGCGUGCUGCAGCUUUUCUUGCGUUGCUGCUCUGUCUGUACUGGACGAGGGCUCAGGGUGAGAGUGGAGGGGUGACAGAGAAUGAUAUCUCUCAGACAGAGGUUCAGUCUGAGAUCCUGCGUGUUAAAGCAACCAGUGAUCAGACUAACAUCAUUCCUGAUAUCUGGGCUGAGCUAAAGGAGCUGAGAGACAUGGUGAUCCAACACAGUCUGGAGCUGCAGAAGCUGGAGCAAGAGAAUACAGCCAUACAGGCCAGACUGACAGCCAGUGAAAGCAAAAAUGAAGUUUUGGAGGCCAAAAUGAACGCCAGUGAAAAUGUUAUUGUGGAGCUCAAGAGAGACAUCAUGGUGUUGGAGGCCAGAAUGAGCUCCAAUGAGCUCCAGGUGGAGGAGCUCAAGAGAGAGAAUGCAGGUAAAAAAAAAAAAAAAAAAGUAAAAACCUCUAAUGCAGAUCUUCUAGCCAGAGUAACAGGAACAGAAAAUAAGAGCACAGUGUUGGAGGCCAGAAUGAGCUCCAAUGAAAACGAGGUGGAGGAGCUCAAGAGAGAGAAUGCAGACCGACUAAAGGUGGCAUUUUCAGUCAGUCUUACUGAUGCAGGACAUGUUGGACCCUUCAAUACUGAAACCACACUUAAGUUCAGUAAAGUCUUCACCAAUAUCGGCCAGGCCUACAACCCAACUACAGGUAUCUUCACAGCUCCAGUCAGAGGAGCCUACUACUUCAGAUUCACCUUGUGGGACACACAUACAUCAACUUGGAUGGGUGCUAAUCUCUAUCACAAUAAGAAGAGAAUGAUGUAUAGUUCAGACAUCACUGAUAGCAAUGGCAAUGUCUCUGUGUCUAAUGCUUUAAUCCUUCAACUAGAAAAGGGGGAUGUGAUCUACAUGACUCUUGGGACAGACCACCGUGUUUCAGAUCAAUACGUCAAUCGUACCACCUUUGAUGGUUUUCUGCUUUUCCCUCUGUGA